CUAAAAGAGAAGUAAAAGCAAUAGAACAAGUAGUUGAGAAAGAAAUGAAUGAGAAAGAAAUAAAAUCUAUUGACAAGGAAGAGGCAGAAGAUCCUAUGACUUUUUAUUCAUUACCUGCUCUCGUCUUUCAAUCCGUGAAAUUCUGUCAGUCGAAUCAUUCACAUUAUGUAAUGCGAAUCAGGCGGAUUGGUGGCUUCGUCCCAAGAUGUUGGUUUAAUUGUGCGGUUCACGGGUCUUCUCGUAUAAUGAUUGAGCAGAAGAAAGAUGAAAAAAGUUGCAUCUUUCCUACAACUCCGAUUUCAGAAUUACAAGAUAGGUCUUUUCCAAAAACGUCGGCAUGUUUAGUUAUAGGUGAUGAGAUUCUCAAUGGAAAGACUGUUGACUCAAAUUCCGGAUUUUUCGCAAAAUUUUGUUUUGAUUUUGGGAUUUCUUUGAAAAGAAUUGAAGUUAUUCCGGACAAGGAAGAAGAAAUAAUUGAAGCUGUAAGGCGUUUUAGCAAUAAUUACGACUUUGUCGUUACUAGCGGCGGCAUUGGACCUACUCAUGAUGACAUCACGUAUCUAUCGAUCGCUCGCGCAUAUAAUCUUCCGUUGAAUUACCAUCAACCAACACUAGAAAGGAUGGUUGACACAGUACAAUGUAUACCAUCUCACUUGAAAACAUUGGAAUCAAAACCAACGAAAGCAAUGGUAGAAGCAAAACAUCGAAUGGCAUUAUUCCCACAUCCCUCUCGUGUUAUUUAUCCUGAUGAAAAACUAUGGAUUCCUAUAGUUAUUGUUAAUGAGAAUAUUCAUAUCUUACCUGGUGUUCCAAAACUAUUUAAAGCAUUGCUUACUGGAUACAGUAAAUAUAUUAAAGGUGAUAAAUUUGUUAGAAAGUUUGUUAAAACAUAUUAUCCAGAGUCUUUUAUUGCACCAAUAUUAACGGAAGCUCAAGAGAAAGUAAAAGAUUUUGGUGUUAAAAUUGGUAGCUAUCCUGAAAUGACGGAUGAUAAUAGACAUGUAGUGGUAGUAAGUUUUUUAGCCAAAGAUAAUGCUGUAACUGCUGAAGUUGUUGAAAAAAUUUCCAAGGAGGUUUCUGAAAAAAUAGAUGGUGUGAUUAUUGAUAUUUGA